AUGACGUUUUUCAGGUUGGCGGCAGCGCAGGAGGCGGCGGGCGCGCAGGCUCGCGCGGCGCCAGCUGAUACCAUGGGCGGCGCGCACCAGCCCGAAAGUCCGGCGCCAAGGUCGCUACUUAUAUUUGCCGAGGAAAAUCCUAUUCGGAGGUAUACAAAAUUUAUCAUCGAGUGGCCACCCUUUGAGUACGCGGUGCUACUUACCAUCAUCGCCAACUGCGUGGUGCUGGCGCUGGAGGAGCAUUUGCCCAACGGCGACAAGACCAUCUUAGCACAGAAUCUGGAAAAGACCGAGGCGUACUUUUUAGGGAUAUUUUGUGUAGAAGCCUCAUUAAAAAUAUUAGCGUUAGGUUUUGUUUUCCACAGAGGAUCGUAUCUUAGGAACGUUUGGAACAUCAUGGAUUUUUUUGUAGUAAUAACUGGUAUCAUCACGCAGCUGCCGAUCGUGCCCGAAGUCGACUUCAGGACCUUGCGUGCCAUUAGGGUGCUGAGGCCCCUUAAAUUAGUAUCGGGCGUUCCUAGUCUGCAAGUGGUAUUGAAGUCAAUCAUCAAGGCGAUGGCCCCGCUGCUUCAGAUUGGCCUUUUGGUGCUUUUCGCGAUUGUCAUCUUCGCCAUUAUUGGCCUCGAGUUCUACUCAGGGGCGCUGCAUAAGACUUGUUAUACAUUAGAAGAUAUUAGUGAAAUAAUGAAUGAUGGUGACAAUCCAACGCCAUGUAACGCGGACGACGAAAAUCUUGCGCCGUAUGGGGCCAACGUAUGUAAAUACAACAAGAGCACGUGCCUCGAAAAGUGGGAAGGGCCAAACCGAGGGAUCACGUCGUUCGAUAACAUCGGCUUCGCUAUGCUCACCGUCUUCCAGUGCAUCACCAUGGAGGGCUGGACCGCCAUCCUCUAUUGGACGAAUGACGCGUUAGGUAGUGCGUUCAACUGGGUUUACUUUGUGCCUCUCAUAGUAUUGGGUUCAUUCUUUAUGCUCAACUUAGUUCUCGGUGUCCUUAGCGGUGAAUUCGCUAAAGAAAGAGAGAAAGUAGAAAAUAGACAAGAAUAUCUAAAGUUAAGAAGACAACAACUACUUGAGAAAGAACUUAAUGGUUAUGUUGAGUGGAUAUGUAAGGCCGAGGAAGUAAUAUUAGCUGAAGAAAGAACUACAGAAGAGGAAAAGAUGCACAUAAUAGAAGCACGAAGAAAAGCCGCAGCAAAAAAGAAAUUAAAAAACCUAGGCAAGAGUAAAAGCACCGAUACAGAGGAAGAGGAACAAGAUGAAGACUGCGGGGACGACGGUUUUUUGAAAAGCAAGUCACGGUCGGCUGGGAAAUGUGCGGACUUCUGGCGAGCGGAGAAGAGAUUUCGCUUCUGGAUUAGGCACACUGUGAAGACUCAGUGGUUCUAUUGGUUCGUCAUUGUCUUGGUGCUCUUCAAUACGAUAUGCGUAGCUGUUGAGCAUUACAGACAACCUAAGUGGCUAACAUCAUUUUUAUAUUAUGCAGAAUUUGUGUUCUUGUGUUUGUUCAUGAUGGAGAUGUGGGUGAAAAUGUACGCAUUGGGGCCGCGUAUAUAUUUUGAAUCCUCGUUCAACCGCUUUGACUGUGUGGUCAUAUCUGGCUCCAUAUUUGAAGUCGUCUGGUCAGAGGUUAAAGGCGGCUCCUUUGGUCUCUCUGUUCUUAGAGCCUUACGACUGUUAAGGAUAUUUAAGGUCACAAAAUACUGGUCUUCAUUAAGAAAUCUGGUGAUAUCUCUACUAAAUUCAAUGAGAUCUAUCAUUUCACUGCUGUUCCUUCUGUUCUUGUUCAUUCUUAUAUUCGCCUUACUUGGUAUGCAGCUGUUUGGUGGACAGUUCAACUUCGAGGAUGGCACACCGCCAACUAACUUCAACACCUUUCCUAUUGCGUUACUUACUGUCUUCCAGAUCCUAACAGGAGAAGAUUGGAAUGAAGUGAUGUAUGAUGGCAUCCAAUCUCAGGGCGGCAUACAGAAGGGCAUGAUCUACUCCAUGUACUUUGUCAUUCUCGUUUUGUUCGGAAACUACACUCUACUGAACGUGUUCCUUGCCAUCGCUGUCGACAACUUGGCUAACGCUCAGGAGUUGACGGCGGCUGAAGAGGAACAAGAGGAGGAAGAUAAGGAAAAGCAGCUCCAAGAAUUGGAGAAAGAGAUGGGUGCGUUACACGCGGUAGACGGAACCCCACCGCGGGUAGACUUAAACCCUUCAUCGCCUGCGAGUAGGAAGAAUAAAAAGAAAGAAGAGGCCAAAAAAGAAGACGAUGAGGAGAUACCAGAUGGACCAAAACCAAUGCUGCCAUAUUCGUCCAUGUUUAUUUUAUCGCCCACUAAUCCAAUUAGGCGAGGUGCACACUGGGUUGUAAAUUUAAGAUAUUUUGAUUUUUUUAUUAUGAUAGUUAUAUGUAUGAGUUCUGCGGCUUUAGCAGCUGAAGACCCUGUAGUCGAAGAAAGUAGUAGGAACAAAAUCCUGAACUACUUCGACUACGCGUUUACGGGGGUAUUCACGGUGGAGAUGCUGCUGAAGAUUGUGGACUUGGGCAUCCUGUUCCACCCGGGCGCGUAUCUACGUGACCUUUGGAACAUCAUGGAUGCCGCUGUUGUAAUCUGCGCCCUCGUCAGCUUCGGUUUCGAGAUCGGAGGUGUCAAGAAGGGUGCAGGGCAGAAUCUGUCCACAAUAAAGUCGUUAAGAGUGUUAAGAGUGCUCAGACCAUUAAAAACUAUAAAACGUGUUCCAAAGCUAAAAGCAGUGUUUGACUGUGUUGUGAACUCGUUGAAAAAUGUCAUCAACAUUCUCAUUGUGUACAUAUUGUUUCAAUUCAUAUUCGCUGUAAUUGCAGUUCAACUUUUUAACGGUAAAUUUUUUCACUGCAACGAUAUCAGUAAGAAUACAUAUGAAGACUGCCAAGGGUCGUAUUUCGUGUACGAGUCCAACAGCCUGUUGCCACACGUAAUGCCACGCCAAUGGAAGACACAAAAUUUCCAUUACGACAACGUGGCAGUGGCAAUGCUGACGCUGUUCGCGGUACAAACGGGAGAAGGGUGGCCACAAGUAUUACAAAAUUCAAUGGCUGCGACGUACGAAGAUAGGGGACCUAUACAAAAUUUUCGAAUAGAAAUGUCCAUAUUUUAUAUCGUUUACUUUGUGGUGUUUCCAUUCUUCUUUGUUAACAUAUUCGUAGCUCUGAUAAUUAUCACAUUUCAAGAGCAAGGCGAAGCUGAACUGCAAGACGGUGAAAUUGAUAAAAAUCAGAAAUCAUGUAUAGACUUCACGAUAGAAGCACGACCUCUAGAGAGGUAUAUGCCAAGCAAAAGGGGGAGUUUUAAGUACAAAGUGUGGAAAAUAGUCGUCUCCACACCCUUCGAGUACUUCAUCAUGACCCUUAUCGUCCUCAAUACAUUGUUGCUCAUGAUGAAGUUUCACGAGGCUCCACUACUACUCAUGGACAUGUUAGCAUUCAUGAACUUCGUCUUUACGUUCUUCUUCCUUCUCGAGACCGUAAUGAAGCUGAUUGCCUUCGGAUGUACGAAUUUUUUCAAAGACCCGUGGAAUACCUUUGAUUUCAUAACGGUCAUUGGAAGUAUUAUUGAUGCCCUCAUUAUGGAGUUUGGCGAGAAUACGUUCAACGUUGGAUUCCUACGCCUGUUUCGAGCCGCGCGACUGAUCAAGCUGCUCAGGCAGGGCUACACCAUUCGAAUACUUCUCUGGACGUUCGUGCAGAGUUUCAAAGCCUUACCCUACGUGUGCCUUCUCAUCGCGAUGUUAUUCUUCAUCUAUGCCAUCAUCGGGAUGCAGGUGUUUGGCAAUAUAGAUAUAACACCAGAAUCAGAUAUGAACAGACACAACAAUUUUCGAAACUUCAUUCAAGCACUCAUGCUACUAUUCAGAUGCGCGACGGGUGAGUCCUGGCCCAAUAUCAUGUUGGCAUGUCUGAAGCCGGCCAAGUGUGAUAAAGCCGCUGGCAAGCCAGCAAACGAGAUGUGCGGCAGCACUCUCGCCUAUGCCUACUUCGUGUCAUUUAUAUUCUUCUGUUCAUUUCUUAUGUUGAAUUUAUUCGUCGCCGUCAUUAUGGAUAAUUUUGACUACCUGACGAGGGACUCAUCCAUCCUCGGAGCUCAUCAUCUUGAUGAAUUUGUUAGAAUAUGGGCUGAAUAUGAUCCAAAUGCAACGGGAAAGAUUCAUUAUGCAGAAAUGUACGAUAUGUUGAAAAAUAUGGAGCCACCGCUGGGGUUUGGCCAUAAAUGUCCAAAUAGACUAGCCUUUAAGAAAUUAAUUAGAAUGAAUAUGCCGCUAGACGACAACGGAAGAGUUAAUUUUACAACAACACUAUUUGCCUUAAUUCGGGAAGACCUGAACAUCAAGAUGAGAUCUGCCGAGGAAAUGGACCAAGCAGAUGAAGAAUUGAGAGAAACAAUCACCCACAUAUGGCCUCUGCAAGCGAAGAAGAUGUUAGAUUUGUUGGUGCCUCGAAACGAUGUACUAAAUACUGGAAAAUUGACCGUUGGGAAGAUAUAUGCGAGCUAUCUAAUUAUGGAGAACUGGAAAACGUCAAGGUUUGGCCGAGAUAAACCACAAAACGUUUCGGCAUUCAACGAGAAUAGCCCUACGGCCAUUCAGCCGAAGGCGUCCUUCUUUAACUGCUUCCUGGACGUGGCGGCGGGGCUGGGCCCCGGCUCGCGCACCGGUUCGCUCAGCCACGAGCCGCCCGCCGGCGCCGCCGCCGCCACCGAGGGCCAUGCCGAUGACCCGCACAUGCUAACCAACUUCGCACGCCGGAAUACCAGAAGGUCACUCAAGAACAACAAAAAGGUAACGGAACUACAAGGCUCCCAGCAUGCCUCAAUGGAGUCUUUGGACGAGGGACGGUUACAGCCUCACGCGUACCAAAAUGGUCACCAUGGAAGAUCAUCUAGUUUAAGACGAACGCCGAGUCCAAGAAGACGACAUUACGGAGACUUCCACCACGACAUCGGCUUUUCGGACACUGUCAGUAACGUCGUUGAAAUAGUCAAGCACGAACACCACAGACACGGGCGAACGCAUCGUGCGCCCCAUCACUAUCACCCACAUGGGAAGGAGUGGAGGUCGCCGCACCCUACGACCAGCCUGAGCCAGCCCUCGCGGUCGCCCAGCCCGCCACACCACACCUACGUUUGGGCACCGAUAGGUGGAGACCGGGAACGAGACCGGGAUCGAGAGCGGGACCGGGAGUGGCGGGAGUGGCGGGACCGGUCGUGGGAGCGGGAGGGCGGCAGGCGCGGCCGCGGCCGACAGCUGCCUCCCACGCCUACCAAGCCGUCCACGCUACAGGUUAAACAGCAGCCGCCGUUCACCAGAAUCAGCCACAGCCCUUCGCACUUAUCGUUGAGGCAUACGGUACGAGAACCCGUAGAGCCUCUACACGACGAGUACGAGUAUGGCCGAGAAGUUGAAAGACUGAUACACCGAGAUUAUAGAUCUAGAGAAAGACGCGGGCGAGGCUACGAGUCGGAGCGCGGCGGCGCGGCGGGUGGCGGCGCGGGCGUGGCGAGUGCGGCGCCUCUCAGUUACGAGGCGGCGCUGGCGAUGGGCCGCGGCGGGGGCGGGGGCGGGGGUGGUGGCGGCGGGGGGUCGCGCGCGCUGCCGUCGCCGGCGCCGGCGCCGCGGCUGCCCAACGGGUACAAGCCGCGCGCGCGACACUCGGACUCGGACGAGGACGACUGGUGCUAG